AUGGCGUCUGGAGAAAUGCUACGAUUCCCUCAGACUGAGGCAUCGGUACAGAAGUUGCUAGACCUCCUGAAGUGCGACAACUGCAAGGCGCCGAGAAUAGCGAAAGCCCCUGUUGCUGUCCCAGAGGACUCUUGCAUUUCAGAGGACUCCCUGAUGUCAUCGGAACGUCGUCAAAAAUCCAAAAGUGAUGUUGACCGUUUAAAAUCCGAAGCGGAGUCUACCUCUUCCUCCUCCUCCUCCUCCGUCGCCGGGAAGCGAGCGAACCCCCAGAAAGCAAAGUCGACUGGUUCGGCGAAAACGAAAACGAAACGGUCGACUGUUAUUAACAGUCCACCUACACUUAAUUUGCGUCUCAACAGCAAAGGCGAAAGUGUCCUGCACCGAGCCGCCAUUAAAAACGAUGUGGUUCAGUUGCAGACUCUCCUUUCCUCUGGUCUAUCACCCAAUGUGCGAGACCAUGCUGGUUGGACGCCUCUGCAUGAGGCUGCUAAUCGUGGACAUACCGAGGUGACUCUUCCUUUCCCUUUUAUUGCGAUCAAACGAGUGUAUGCUGUAAUGCCCACUACUACUACUACUACUACUACUACUACUACUACUACUACUACUUACUAG